AUGGCAAAGAGAAUGAGAGAUUCGAAGGAGUUUGCUCUGGAGCUGUUCGAUGCGUUGGGCCGGAGACGGAGAAUGAAGGUGGACAAAAUCAGCAAGGACGAGCUUUACGAGUUCUGGUCCCAAAUUUCCGAUCAAAGCUUCGAUUCGCGGCUUCAGAUCUUCUUCGACAUGGUGGACAAGAAUGAAGAUGGUAGAAUUACUGAAGAGGAAGUAAAAGAGAUUAUCAUGUUGAGUGCCUCUGCAAACAAGCUAUCGAGAUUGAAGGAACAAGCAGAGGAAUAUGCAGCUCUCAUCAUGGAAGAGUUGGAUCCGGAAAGACUUGGCUACAUUGAGAGAUUAUUAAACUUUAAAAACUAG